CCAUCACCAACAUCCUUGUGCAGCUACUAUACGCCUUCCACGACAUUCACUGGCCUCUCUUCCCUUUGUCCUGGAUGCAGUGAACUUCUGCACCCUCUUCCUUUGGCGAUAGGACGCACGCAGCCUUUUACCAUCUCCCCGCGACACCUCCGCAACAGCAACACGCGACCACCAACCCUUCUUCGCCCUCGCCAUGGUUGAGAAGCGCCCAUAUCCCGAAGGCCAGGGCCCAAAUGGCGACGUUAAGCGCGCGAAACCAUCAGAUGCCAUCGCCGCAGCUCGGGCAAAGGCCGCAGAGAUAGCAGCUCGAUUUGCUGCCCAAAGGGCUACGACAAAUGGCGCCUCUGCGACCCCCCCACCACCACCAGCGACUGCUCCUGUCAGUGAUGCGCAAGCGAAGAUUGCGGCCAUGAGAGCGAGGAUGGCGGCGCUCAAGGGUGAACAGGUCGAGACCAAAGCCUCAACACCCGAACCCACAGGCCCCCGCUUCGCGACGACACUGGGCAACCGCCGCGCUGAGACGCCCAAAGUAGAAGCAAAGCCUAAAAGUGCGCCCAAGGCACAGCAGCAGCAGGAUGAGGAGCUCGAGAACCCCUACUUCGAUCCCAAAGCCGCUGCAUUGGCCAAGGGAAGGGGCCCGCGAGUCUUGGUCUUUAAUGAGCGCGGAAAAUACCUCGACCAGGCCUCCAAGCUACGAGCGCAGAGUCGUCUUGAGCAGAUCAAAAAAAUGCUUGCACUGCAGGCCCGCCGCGCAGGCCUAGACGAGAAUAGCGAGCGUGGAUUUCUUGUACAGCCACCCCCGGACAUUGAGUGGUGGGACGAGGGCAUCCUGCCAGACAAGAACUAUGAUUGCAUUGACGAGCCUGACAAAGUCAAGAUUAACAGCGACGACUCCAUCAUCACCAUCUACGUGCAGCAUCCACCGCUUCUCAAAGCACCACAAGAUCAACGCCUAGUUCAAAUCAAGCCUAUGUAUCUCACCACCAAGGAGCAGGCCAAGCUGCGGAGGAUGCGUCGUGCAGCCGACCUGAAGGAACACCAAGCAAAGAUCCGUCUCGGGCUGGAGCCGCCUCCACCCCCCAAGGUCAAGCGUGGCAACAUGAUGCGUGUAAUGGGCGAGCAAGCUAUCGCGGAUCCUACGGCUGUCGAAAUGCUAGUCGAAUCACAGAUUCAACAGCGACACGACGACCACGUCACAGCGAACGACGACCGGAAGUUGACAAAAGAACAGGAGCACGCUAAGCUUGCUGCAAAUCAAGAGAAGGAUGCGCAGAAGGGCUUGUACAUGUGCGUCUUCAAGGUCAACACACUGGCGUUUGGCAAGCAUCGGUUCCAGAUCGACAACAACGGCAAACAGCAUGCCCUCACCGGCGUUACUCUGUUCAACCCUGAACUCAACCUGGUGGUUGUCGAAGGCGGCGCAUACGCGGUGAAUAAAUUCAAGAAGCUGAUGCUCCACCGCAUCAACUGGCAGGAAAACGCCCCACCUACGGAAACCCAGGCUGAGAAGCAAGCUUCAGAUCCGCAAUGGUUAAGGUCACUUGAUGAGCAGGGGAAUACAAAGGAUCAUUCGGCCAACAAGUGCAUCCUUGUCUUCGAAGGCGAGAUCAAGCAGCGGUCGUUCCGCAAGUGGGGUUCAAGAGUGUGCGAGACCGCUGGCGAAGCUCGUGAGACUCUCGGCAGAGCUAAGCUCGACAGCCUGUGGGCACUGGCAAAGAGCAUGGAGUAGACAUAUCGGUCACGAUUACUGGCAUCGACGACUUCACAGAAUAUAUUCGGAUCGUGGAUCUAUGACGCUCUAUCGGGUGGCUAUCUUUGGGGCAGGUUUCUCUUCGUGCUGAAUCUGCGCAGUCGUGACAAUGGCUCACACCCAAGAUCAACUCCAACAUUUGUGAAUCCUCGGAUACGCAUAGGUGAUGCCACCAGUCAUCGCUUUGCCCCAGCGUGAGAAUAUGCAGCGUGACAAUGAUUACAGGGCUU